ACAUCAUUCUGUGCUGGUCCUGACAUCGAAAGUUGACGACGACGACGGCAACGACCCAGUCCACCGUCCCUCUCUCGAGACCAAGACUCCGCACAGACUCGGACGAGUACCUGCGCGAUCUCUGAAAACCUCCAGAGCAGUGCCGGAGCGUCAAGUGGUUGCGAAUCCAUUCUUUUGAGCAGUACUCCUCAAGACAUCGAGCGCAUACUACCUGCAGGCUUAGAGCAACUUUUGCGAUCACGGGGAACAUAUUGAUGGGCGUAUAGGAGCGCAUUCGAAAGUGCAGCGCGUCGCAUUUGUCUUCGGGCAUCCUCAAUAAGAAUUCACCUUUGCCUCAUCAGCUCCGUUUUACCGCCUUAUAAGCCCUUCUAAGCGCGUCCCUCGAGGUCGCAGUCCUCUUCGAGUAUCCCUUGCCAGCAACUCGCUCUCUUUCUUGUUCUCAUCACCCACCAUGUUCUUCCUUUACAACCUCGAGCGGCAGGUAACUCUGCAUCCCUCCUACUUCGGCCGAAAUAUGCACGAGCUGGUUACGGGAAAGCUUUUGAAGGAUGUUGAGGGAACUUGCACUGGUCGUUAUUACAUCAUCACAAUCAUGGACACGUUUAACAUCUCUGAGGGCCGCAUUCUCCCAGGCAGUGGGCUCGCUGAAUUUACGGUUGGUUAUCGUGCAGUUGUUUGGAGACCCUUCAAAGGCGAAACUGUUGAUGCAGUCGUUUCAUCCGUCAACCAGGUCGGCUUCUUUGCUUUUGCUGGACCACUCUCCGUCUUCAUAUCCUCCCAUCUCAUUCCCUCAGACAUCAAAUUUGAUGCAAAUGCUACACCCCCUCAGUAUACUAACAAUGAAGAUUCGGUCAUCGAGAUUGGUACUCAUGUGCGCGUGAAGAUCGUUGGUACGAGAGCGGAAGUUGGGCAAAUGUUCGCAAUUGCCAGUAUCAAGGAGGAUUUCCUCGGGUUAGUUGCUACUGAAUACCUGUGCGGUAGAGUUGGGUGUUUGACUAAUCAUUGGGCAGAUGUCUUCAAGGCUCAUGAUCUAUCAGCUAGACUAGAAGCUUCCUUUGGGCUGGUGGCUACAACCAAAUGUCCCAAGAGUCCGUCACUAUGACUACAUCUGGACUGGACCCGACACAUUCUACUUGCCAUGUUCGGUUCUCGGCUCUACCCGAACAUAAUCACUCGUGGAGAUCUCUCAACCUCGAGACACGCGACGCAAAAGCCACAGACCGGCCUCCAAAAUGACUUGAGCAUCUAGAAGCUCUUUCAGAAAAUGAAUUUGGUUUUGUCCCCC